AUGGAUACUAGACCAAGGACUCUCUAUACCUCUGUUUUGGGCUUCUUAUUGAUGUUUUACUUAACACCCUUCGUCAAUGCUAUCCCCCCAAAUGACGGAGUUCACCGAAUCCCCGGCCAGAACCUAACGCCAGCCCCCAGCUUCUCCCUUGACUCGAGACAAACCAUCCCCGAUGCUCUAGCCAAGUUCCCCAGUGGACCUUUGAAUCAGCUGCUUCGAUUGCUCAUCACUCUUCCCGCGGGCGAGGAAGCGGCUGAUGCAGUUGGGAAGCUUGUGACGCCUCUUCAACAAGGCCUUGCGCUAGCAGUCGGAAUCGACACCACAAGGGAAGACCUCGCAAAGAAUGCGCCGUGUUCCGACAUCACUGUGAUAUUCGCCAGAGGCACGACGGAGCCAGGCAAUGUCGGACUCUUCACGGGUCCGCCGUUCUUUGAUGCAUUGUCUGAGCAACUAGGCGGUAAAUCCUUGGCGGUGCAAGGGGUCAACUAUCCCGCGACCGUCGCCGGAUUCAACCGGAAUGGCACUGAUGGGGUGCCGAGCAUGACGUCCUUCGUUAACCAGGCUAUCACUAAGUGCCCUGACAGCAAAGUUGUGAUGUCUGGCUACUCCCAGGGCGCGCUCGUCGUCCGUGGCACCGCGGACUCCUUAUCUGUGGAAACAAUGUCAAAGGUCAACUCGGUGGUGACGUUUGGAGACCCACGAAACCAGACCGCUAUCACCGGUGCUGUUGGGAAGACCAUGAUCAUAUGCCUCCCAGAUGACACCGUCUGUCAAGGUGGAUUCAUCAACAUUGCUCACCUAACCUAUGCCACCAAGGCAUCUGCCGCUGCACAAUUUGUAAUCCAGAAGGCCGGAGUGUGA